AUGGAGAUACGGGUGUCCAUCGAGUUCUGGUUUCUCUACACCUUCGUUGCGCUCUUCUUCCUGUGUGGGAUGGUAUUGGUCUUCUAUUACCGGAUUGUCCCUGCUAUCAGGGCGAUCUCUUGGUUUGCUCCAUCUGGCCACCACGCGGUACCCGCUGUGCAAGGUACAGGCGCUCGUGCGUCGAUCAUGUCUUGGUAUACAUGGUGCGAAGAUAACUCCGUUUACUCCAAGAGCACACGCGAUUACAAAGCAUGGAUAAAGGGACAGUGUGUCGCCUUCAUCCAACUCCCAGUCAGGCUUAAAGCCUCCCUCGUCCGGCUCCGCCCUCCCAAACCCUCCUUCAAAGGGUUCCUCACCACGCCCUCGGGCACGGCUCUCCCGCUCUCCUACUCUACAGACACCGCCUCCCCUCCCCCCAGCCGCCUCUCCCGCUUCCUCCACUCCCUUCGCGUGCGGCUCAGCUUCACCUAUCGGGGCAAGCAGCCCGACACGCGCAGAUUCAGCGGCAAAACAUGGCUCGCGUACGUCAAGCAGAGCAUAGGACUCGAAGAGCCAGCGCGCAAGGCCACAGUACCCAUCGUGCCCCUGUCGGCCAUAUCCCCGCUCUUCACGCCCAUCGCGCAAACGCCCACGCUCGUCAACCAGUGGACCGCGCCCGCCAUUCGUGCGCCUCCACGCGUCCACAUGCAGCUCAGGUCUAGCAAGCGCGCGAGCUGGCCGGUCCCUCCGCUCAAGGCGACCCCGCCGCCCGCCGGCAACCCCAUGUACCGCGUGGCGCUGAAGACUGGGCAUGGAAGGCGCAGCAGCCUGCCUGCGAGCUGGAAGGUGGAGAGACCUGUGGCGGCCGAGUCCGUCGCAGACACGGAUAUUGCGUAUGCCGCUGUCCUGUUCGAAGACCCUCGGGAGGUGUCCGUUCCUGAAGUCGUCAAGGAGGCCAGAGAGACUUGGGCUGUAGAGCCAGUUAUCCGCAGGGAACACGCGCCCGUCAUUGUCAUCUCCCUCCCUACUGAGGAAUCCUUGGUCGCGGAGGAAAUAAAGCCCAUUCUCACCACUAGCACGCCCGACUCCGACUCCGAUGCUUCCUCUUCCGCCGAGUCGUCCACCGACGGCGACGACGUCUCUACCAUCGUCGCGCAGCUUCCGGAGCUUCCAUCCAAGCCCACCAUAGAUGAGACGGAGACGGGCAAGAAGCGCGUGCGCCGCCAGCAGCCCGUCCUCGGGCGCGUCGCUAUUCCCGUCCCUUCCCCCAAGAAGGCUGCGACGGAGACGAAGAAGUUCAAGCGCCACGCGGAGGCGCAGUGCCCGAAGGCUGCUGGUGUUACCAGGCCUGCCAUGGUCAAGAAGGCUGGUGUUGGACGGGGCGUCGGGAGGGGCGCCGGUGUAGUUGGAGGAGUGCGUGCCCCCAAGAACGUCGGAUGGCGUUAG